CCCUUUAAAGCUGCUGAUGAUGAUGGCACGUAAAUUCGCGUUGUGCGGAGAUAAAAAUAGAUCUUACCAAAUUUUUUUAAUUUUCGUGUAAAAAAAAUAUGCCUUAGCUAAGCCAUACUAUGGAUAGUACGAAGACUAACGUGAAACGACGCGGCAAGAAGGAAAGCAAAGUAAACAGAAUCGUGAGUUUAUUUGAGAUCCCUCGUCCUCAGAAAACAAGGCUACAGAGGACCAAUUCAUUACCACCUUCAAAGAGGCCUGGUGCACCAGAAGAUAAUUCUACACCGUCGCAUAAAGAAAAACCACUUUUCAAUGGCUUUUUCGGCAAAGUUCAGCACAUAAAAGAGCAAAUCGAGCAGGAGCAUCAAAAAAAGGAAAUUGUCUGCACCCCGAGGCCCGUUAAAAAGAAACACCGCCCACGUAAAAACUAUACUCAAGAAGACUGGCUUGAUGACAGAGAUAAGAUCAUGGAGGGACUGGAGAGACUACAGGAAAAAAUCGAAGAUGUCACCAGCGAAAUUCACAAUAGUGAUACUGAAUUGGAGAUAACGAUAAUCGAGGCGGAGGAGUGUGCUUUUAGUGAUAUUGCAACGGGUGAGAGCGUCUAUAGUGAUACUAGUGAUAAUUUGACUUUAGUGGAGUUUCAAAGGUUUGAUAGUCGUGAAAGUGAUAAUAAGGAAGAGGAAAUAAGUGUAACGGAUGCCGAAACCAUUGAGGAAGUGUACGAGAUUAGAGAAGAAGGGUUUAAGAGAGCAUUGGACUGUAUACCGAGCUCCGAAAACCACGAAGGUAGUUCUGAAGAACAAUGCGUUUCUACUGAAGAAACCCCUUGCCCAAGACUAUCUCCCAAUCAAGAAGAAGAAAAUUCAUUAAAUGAAGAAGAAACCGAAGAUACCCCAGCAACUGACUCUAUGGCUUGGUGGAAGAACAAGUCGUUCGUUCAACUUAGUAGCGAUAAUUCAAAGGUGAACGAUAGUCCCGAAAGUACCGGUAGCACUUUGGGUAGGUAUAUUAAAAAUCGUCGAUCCAAACGCAAUAAACGGACCGACGUAAGACGCACUGGCAUUUUACACACGAAAGACUACAGCGUCAAAGAGCUGACUCAGCGUUUCGAAAACUUUAAAGAUGCCGCCGAGUGCGGACAAACUGAAAAUUUUCGGAAAAGUUUCAUUUGCGAGAUGGACAAGGAAAUGGAGAAAAUGAAAAGUGACGGUUUCGAAGAUGAUUUUCAUUUGAGCAUGGAAAAUUUGAGUCUGAUUAAUGGACCAGAAGAGGAGGACCAAGAGGGUAGUUCCAAGAUAACAGAUGAUGACAAUGCCUUAUACGAGAGACUUCUUCAGUUUUCUAACAAACACCACCAUCCGGAACCACCCGAUGAAAACGACCUCUUCGGUGAGACCUUAUUCAGUGAAGACUUGGAAAAAGGACUCUCUUUUGUGGAAACCUAUAACGCAGAUGGUAAAGAAUUAGUAAUUUGCAGUGUCCAAGUGGAUAGACACAGCGUCGACCUAAACAGCUUUGACGAAAUCAAAGAAAACACUCAUAGAAACUCAAAUUUGUUGACCAACGGGGAGCGGGCACUAGUUUUAAUCGAACCAAGCGAGGUUAGUUACGAAUCAAAGUCGGAAGGUACCGAUUCUAAGAGAACUACCAUUUAUUCCACUACUUCCGGGGAUAGUUAUGAAGAAGAAGAAAACGACUUGGACCAUCAGAUCUACAGUGCGGCAAGGCGAGAAACUUACUGUGACGAUAAGGGUAUCGUCCGCAUAGAAAGGGUGGCGCCGUAUUCCAAUCAUUUCCCUCAACCAGUUGAAGACCUGAUGCCAGAAUAUAUUAAUACCAAUAACAAUUAUUAUGAAGGAAACUAUUUGGCAACACAAGAAGUUAGAAGGGAAGAGAACGAAGCAGAAGAAGAAGAGAAUUAUUAUGAGACUGUAAGACUGACAGAUGAGAGCGUUGUCGAAGUGAAGAAAGAUACGUUGCAAUAUAUUUUAGAAGAGAUUAAGUCUACUGAGAAGAAGUACUUGGAGGAUAUGAGAAGGGUAUUGCAGGAAUACAAACCUUUUUUGACCCAACGUUGCCCGGAAAAGGUAGACGUGGUUUUCGGUAAUAUGGAACAGUUAUAUAGACGACAAUGCCUCUUUGCCAGUAUCCUUGAAGAACCUUCCACGACUAUCAAAGAUGUCAUCGAGGCAUUUAUAGACUUCGAAGAUCUCUUCAGGCUGUACCCACGAUAUUUCAAAAAUACUCCUAAAGCAAAUGCUGCCAUUAAAGAGCUGACGUCUAUUAUUAAGGAGCAACAAGAGAGGAUCCAAGACAAGUUGACCCUGUCGGCAUAUUUGCUCACGCCGCUUCAACGUAUCGGCAAAUACAAACUGUUUCUGGAAAAUAUUAUUAAGCAGCUGGAAAAGGAAGGGAAACCAAUUGGCAGUGCUCAGUUAGCCCUGGAUAUUAUAAAGAAAUAUAUGAGUAGCGGCAAUGAUGCUGUGGCUAUAGCAUCGAUAUUAAGAAGCCCUCUUCAUACCAAAGACUACGGAUCCUUCAUUUCUCGAGAGAAGUUUAGUUUGAUUAAGCCAAAACGCUUGGAACUGAUGGUGUUUUUGUUUGAGGAAGUCGUGGUGUUUACUACUGAAGAUCCUAAAAAUAUGGAGCAAUUUGUGUAUCUUCAGAGCAUUAAAACCAACGAUUUGAGGAUUGCGACUUUUGAUGAUAGCACUUUGCAUUUGACAGAUUAUACUAAGACAAAGAGGCGGAAUUCUAGUAAAUACACGUAUAUUUUGGAUGCGAAGAAUUCAAAGUUAAAGCUCGCUUGGAAGGAGCAGAUCGAGGAUAUUUUAUGGAAGCAGAUGAAGAAAAUGAAAGAAAAUACUCUAAAGGAGUAUACUAAUGGCAUGACGUUUCCUAAAAAAAUGAUCCCACGAAGUCGAGAAAACAGAUCAAAAUCAACAGGAUCUUCAACGUUCUAUGUGGACUAAUACUGCCAAUACCACUUGCCUUAUUAGUAAUUAUUAUUAUUGUUGACUAUUUUUUUUGUAUAUAAUAAAUUAUUAAAUCUUCUUUUCCUAUUUGUGCCAUAAAUGAAAAUGAGCCUUAAAAUGUCAUUUAAACACGAUGAAUACUAUAUUUAUUUAUUUAGAAAACAUUGUGUGCUACAUGAAAUUUGUUGCUUCUAUGUUAGUGCAAUAAAAUAUUUUUAUGUUAAAUUAUAUAACAA